AAUAUAGUUAUUUUUAAAAUGAUCAGAUUAACAAAAAUAAGAUUUUUUAAUUUGACCAACAUCUUGAGUCAAUGUUAUAAAGCUUCCUCUGACUGAUGGCAUAUAAGCUUUGUAGUAAGCUGAACGUUCGCUUUAGAGUAUUGAUUUGCAAUAAAAAAAAAACAAUGUGCUUUUAAUAAAUUUAAUCGAAGCGGGUAAAACGGCUGAAAAGCUUUAUCGGUUACCCACUAGGUAGCGGGAUAACCUUGAUCGGUAGUUUUGUUUAGAUUUGUAGAAGUAUAGUUCCACAGUAGCGUUCUCACACAAUCAUACCGUCUUGGAGAGGUCGGUAUGAAGUAACCAAUAAGCGAUUCGCCAGUCUAAUCGUUCCAACGUCAUUGCAUAACUCGCAUUGCUUUUUAAACCAAUUAUUUAAUGCGCUGCGUGCAAUGAUUUUGCACUUGGAGGCGUUUUCCGAUCGAUGUCACGCGUGUGUAGUGACGCCGACCGAAAAUGCGAAUGGGCGUAAUAACACCGGCGAGUUCUACGAAUUGGACGUACGUCAGAACUAACCUAACAAAAAGUUGUAUGUGCAGUUUCGACGAGAAAAAAAAUAUAUUAAAAGAUAGUCGUAAAUAAGCAUGAAUCAUUGUUUAUCCGUGCAUCAUCGAACUAUAGCUUCGAUAUGUUUGACGUUGUCGCUUUCCUGUGCAACGUCCGUAAUAAUUUACUUAUAGGUUAACUCUUUGCAAGCGUCCAUCGACGUUUACAAUCUGUCAUUUAGAUUCGACAUUUUGUAAAUUUGGAUGUAAUAUAUAAAUAUAAAUCUAAAUCUGAAGUUUCAGUGGAAGUAGCAUGUUUUUUGCCAUGUAUUUUAUAAUAAUCAAACCUCUUGAAACGUUCCUGUUAAUAACCAAUUUUGAAUCUUGCAAAUUCGAAGUAAUCUUUAGGAAUGAAACCAGUUCCAUUUUGGAGUAAUUUUUAAUUUGUAUAUUUAAUAAAAUUGUACCGAUAAGAGAUUUGUUACAAUGCAUUUAUGAUUAAAUGCAUGGAUUCUACAUGUGAAGAAUAAUGUCUAAGAUUAAUGUAUAUUUGAUUAUAACUUGAUUGCAUUAAAAAUGCAAGCCAAGAAGCGCUAUUUAUUGCUAUUUGUAACCUGCGCGUUUCUUGGUUAUUGUUAUUUUGGUGGAUACCGAUUAAAAAGUGAAAAGUGGGCAGGCAGAUCUCAGUUGCCUUAUGAGCGAUUGCCUUCAUAUUUAAGUCUAAAUGAAGAAUUCUAUGACAAGGAUUUAAGGACAUCAAAUGGAAAUUCACUUGUCUCUCAACGUACAAGACAAUGCCGUAUGGAGACUUGUUUUGACUUUACUAGGUGCAAGCAUGGUUUUACAGUUUAUGUAUAUCCAGUUGAGGAUGUGAUAAGCCCGCUAUACCAAAAAAUAUUAAAUGUUAUUACUGAAUCAAGAUAUUAUACAUCAGAUCCAGCUAGAGCGUGUAUAUUUGUAUUAGCUCUUGAUACAUUGGACAGAGAUCCAUUAUCAACAGAAUUUGUUCACAAUCUUCCUGCAAAGUUAAUGCGUUUACAAUAUUGGAAUAAUGGCAGAAAUCAUUUGAUAUUUAAUUUAUAUUCUGGAACAUGGCCUGAUUAUGCAGAGGAAUCGUUAGCCUUUGACAUAGGGUAUGCCAUGCUUGCUAAAGCUAGCAUGUCUAUCUUCAGGCACAGACCAAACUUUGAUGUAUCUAUACCAUUGUUUGGAAAACAACAUCCAGAACGUGGUGGAGAACCGGGUCAAGCAUUAGAAAAUAAUUUUCCUAACAAUAAAAAAUAUGUAGCAGCAUUCAAGGGUAAAAGAUACGUCCAUGGAAUAGGUUCCGAGACUAGAAAUGCUCUCUAUCAUUUACACAAUGGCAAAGACUUGGUAUUCGUCACGACUUGCCGUCACGGCAAAGCAUGGAGAGAGUUACAAGACGAACAUUGUCAACAAGAUAAUCAGGAGUAUGAUAUGUAUGAUUAUGAAAUUUUAUUGAUGAAUGCUACAUUUUGUCUUGUACCAAGAGGAAGAAGACUUGGUAGUUUUCGAUUUUUAGAAGCUUUAAGGGCUGGAUGUAUUCCAGUUAUUCUAAGCAAUGGCUGGGCACUUCCGUUUCAUGAACGUAUUGAUUGGACACAAGCGGUUAUAUUUUCAGAUGAAAGACUGUUGCUUCAAAUUCCGGAUAUAGUACGGUCUGUGUCCAAUGUACAAAUCCUUAAACUACGGCAGCAAACGCAAUUCCUUUGGGAACGAUACUUUUCGUCGAUAGAAAAAAUUGUAUUUACAGUAUUCGAGAAUAUCCGCGAACGUUUACCGUGGGAAGGUACAAGGGAAAAACUUGUAUGGAAUAUUAACCCUGGAGCUUUAGCAAUAUUACCGCAGUUUGCUGAUAGCCAGCAAGAACUUCCAUUUUCGAAAAGUAAUCCAGGUAAUACCUUCACUGCCAUCAUCUAUUCGCAGUUGGGAUCCACUGCUGUUCUCUAUCGUUUGCUUAAGAGUAUCGCGAAAAGUAAAUACCUAGAUAAGAUUAUUCUAAUGUGGAACUCGGACAUUCCGUUACCAAGGAGGCCGCGAUGGCAAGGGAUCAAAGCAUCAAUACAUGUUGUUACAGUUGAUGGAAUAUCCCAACGUUUUUACCCACACCCUUUAAUCAAAACUAGUGCCAUAUUAUCUCUAGACGAGGAUGCUACACUCAAUACAGACGAAAUAGAUUUCGCCUUUACCGUUUGGCGAUCGUUUCCGGAUCGAAUUGUUGGUUAUCCGGCUAGAUCGCACUAUUGGGACGAUUCCAAACGGUCGUGGGGUUACACAAGCAAAUGGACAAAUGAUUAUAGUAUAAUUCUAACUGGUGCCGCCUUUUAUCAUCGUUAUUAUAAUACAUUGUAUACCGAAUUACUGAGUUCGACGCUGCACAAGACUGUCGAACAGUCGCAAAACUGCGAGGACAUACUUAUGAAUUUUUUAGUCAGCCAUAUUACGCGAAGACCACCUAUUAAAGUUACUCAACGGAAACUAUAUAAAGAUACUACAGUGGCUGGAAUCAGAUCUCCAUGGAACGAUCCAGAUCACUUUAUACAACGGCAAACGUGUAUGAACACGUUCGUAGCUGUUUUCGGGUACAUGCCGUUGUUACGAUCAAAUAUGAGGCUUGACCCUGUUUUGUUCAAAGACUCUGUAAGCAAUUUGCGCAAGAAGUAUAGACAAAUUGAAUUAGUUAGUAAUUAGGAUUAUACAGGAUCUUUAUCAAUUACACAGCAGUUAUCUACCCUCGAAAUGGGCAUCGUAUAUAUGCAUAUGUAUAGCCUCGAAUAUUUCGAUAAAAAAUAGUGGCGGGAAUUGCUAUUGCGAUUGGCGCGCUUACGCAUGCGCGCUAGAGGCUAUUCGAAAACUUAUAUAUAGGGGAACACUUACAUCGUUGCGUAAGUAGGUAACGAGCCACAGGGUGUCACGUACCCCAGUGGCUGUCGAGGCAGCAAAUUAAGAAGGUCUUUCAUUCUCGAGGAAUGGCGUUACUCUGCGCUUUUGUGUAUUCGCAUAAUGAAUUUUGUACAAAGUAUCAGAUAUAUAUAUAUAUAUACCUUGUAACAUUGUUCGAAUUCAAAUCGGGCCAUGGCACGCAAUCAAUUGCGUAAUUGUCGUAUUCAAUUGAUGUACAUACGAAUCGUUUCAUAGUUAUUAAUAAAACGUAAAAAUUAAAAAAAAAAAAAA